AUGGGUACAUUUGUGACCCUGGCAGAGGUUUUGGAGGCCCGGGGCUCACCGCUGGAUGAGGAUGAGCUCUGGUGUCUGCUUCUUGCCACCACUGAUGCCUUACUCGAAAUCUCCAAAAAAGGUUCAGGCAACAUGUGCAGUGUGCUGAGCCCAGGCUCAGUGCUGCUCUCAGCCAGCGGGAGUCUGGCCUUCAAAAGCUGUGCUCGAAAUGAAGACGUGGCCUCCUUCACAGCCCCUGAAGUCCAGCAGGGUCACACCGCCUCCUCGAGGACUGCAGUCGAAAAGCCAGUCCAAAUAAGUGCUGAGCUGGAAGGUUUGCUACUGAGCAUGUGCGAGGACAUGAUGUUGAGAAGGACAGACCUGCUAACGGUGCUGGAAACCUGUGAGCUACACCACAAGGCUUCAAUGCUUCCUCCUGCAGAGCGCCUCAUUAGGCAGCUCGUGGAGGAUGUUUACAAAAUCUCGGCUGAUCACGUCUCUAUGGCUGAUAAUGGGUCUCAGCUAACAGACCGCAGUCAAGUGGUCCGGGACAGAUUACACAGAAGCUCAUUUAGUAACUCAACAUGGUCGCUGAAGAAGAAGAUGUCCGGAACAUUCUCGGGGGUAUCUUAUUCAGCUAAUGCCACAGGGAUUCCCUCGGGAGGCCGACAAAUAGAGAGGUACGGCAGCUGGCAGCAGCUGAACCGCAGCCCCGGUAGUCCUUAUAUGGAUGGUAAUCGAAAUGCCAACUCAAGAUCCCUCACACAGUUUGACUCCUCAAUGAGUCUGAAUGAUAAGAAAGUAAAGGACAUGGGUCCUGAGUUUAUUAGAGUGUUGGAUGAGCCACUGGUUGUCUUGGAACUUCCUGGAUCCAUUGUGUCAAAGAAAGGGAAAUCUCCUACAACUCAAAGAGAGCUGAGUGUUGUAAUGCCGAAUGGCCAGAGCAUCGUUGUCAGGUGCGAGGUGAAAUCCAGAGGAAGAGACGUCUUUGACAUGAUUGUGGCUCACUUCAACCUUGUGGAGCAUUUCUACUUCGGCCUUGCUUACAUUGAUGAUAAUGAGUUUUUCUUUGUGGACAAUGAUACCAAGAUUUCUAAAGUUGCUCCAGAUAGCUGGAAAAAAGUGCCUACGGCCACCUUUGUCCUUUUCUUCAGGGUCAAAUUCUUCAUCAAUGACAUUUCUCUUCUUUUGCACAAACAGACCCGUCACCAGUAUUACCUCCAGCUUAGGAGAGAUCUUUUGGAGGACAGGCUGUCCUGUCAUGAGGAGACUGCUCUGUACCUAGGAGGUCUGGCCCUGCAGACGGAGUAUGGAGACUCCAUGCCUGAGGUAUAUGGUAGGGGCUACUACCGCCCUGAUCAAUAUGUCUCCAAGAGUGUGUUGGAGAAAUGUGCCUUGCCUUACAUUCAGGGGGAGCUGUUGCGACUUCAUACCAACAACGCUCAAAUGCUCACCGACGAAUCAGAACUUGAAUUUCUCAAGGUGUGUCAACAAUUGCCUGAGUACGGCGUUUUGUUCCACCGUGUGACACGGGAGAAAAAGCCUUCAGACGGAGAGAUUAUUCUUGGGGUUUGUGCCAAAGGUAUCAUUGUCUAUGAGGUGAAAGAUGGCAGUAGAUCCACUGCUCAGACUUUCUACUGGAGGGACACAGCAACCAUCUCGUCUUCUAAGCAUAAAUUUGUAGUAGAGUGCCGGGGCAGCAAGAAGAAGCACACGUUCAUCACGGAGAGGUCGAAGAUAGCCAAAUACCUUUGUAACCUUUGUUCAGCGCAGCACAAGUUUAACAAUGAGAUGAACUCUCGUCAGCUAAGCCACAGCCUGGUGUCAGAGGAGAACAUUGUGCAGUACGCAGCAGUGUGCCGUGCUCAGAGCAGCCAGCUCAAGUCUUUCUCAAGUUCUGAGACCCCUCAGGAUGACAGCGGUCUGACCACGCCUCAGAAUGAGUCCAUGACCAAGCUGUAUGAUGAUGUCACAGCCAAGAUCGAGGCUCGCAUAAAACAGCAGCGCCUCAACGAGCAAAGCAGUCAGCGCAGCAGCACUGUUAUGCUCUCACCAUCGUGCUCUCAGAGGAGUGGAUCUGACGCCCCUUGUGGUUCGCCAGCAGCCCGAGAAACUCCAACUAAACUGGGGACACCAUCUGAGAGAGAAGUUAUAUGUGUUUCCUUAAAGAAAGACGCAAAGCUUGGCCUAGGUAUAGUAAUAGUUGGAGAGGACACAGUAGGGCGUUAUGAUUUGGGCAUCUUUGUAGCCUCCAUUGUGCCUGGUGGACCUGCUGAUAAAGAUGGACGGAUCAGAGCUGGUGGCCGUCUGAUCUCUCUCAACCACAUCAGCCUGGAAGGCGUUACCUUCAGCGAGGCAGCAGAGGUCAUGCAAAACAGCCCAGAGGAGGUGCAGCUUAUUAUCUCACAGCCGAAAGUGUCUCUGCCAUUAUCCACAGUUCCCAUCAGUCCCAGCAGUAAUAAUUUUCGUUCUCCUGGGUUGAAAAAAUAUAUAUCUCAGACAACACUAAUGACAGAUGGACGAUCCAGAGAUGAUAGCCUCGAUGAGAUUGUGUCAGUAAUGAUGACGCCAAAGACCAGCAAGAAACUACACUUCCCCCCUGAAGUUCGAAUUCUCAGUACACAGGAUAGCUGUUCUCUGUCAUCAUCUAUGAACUGCGUGAAGCCGGAAGAGAUCAGCAUGGAGCUCAGGAAGAUAUCAGGAAAUCUGGGCAUUAGCAUAUCUGGUGGCAUCAACACUAACCUUCCUAAUGGAGGAAUCUACAUCAAGAGCCUUGUUCCAGGAGGGGCUGCUGAGAGAGACGGACGUUUGCAUAUAGGUGACAGACUGUUGGAGAUCGACGGCACUAACUUCCAGGGCUUCACCUACCAGCAGGCUGUGGAGUGCUUAAGUAAAACUGGGGAGGUAGUGUCCUUGGUUGUGGAGAGGGAGUUGGUCAACCUACCCAGGGUCUCUCUUAUUGCUGACACCAGCAGCACUGUAUCCAAUCCGAGCCUGAGUUCAUCUACCAGCCAGCUAAGACUCAACAACUCCUCAUCUGUGAGCACUACUUUAAACACGAUAUCUGAUCGGCCCAACGAGUACAGCUUUGUUACUGAUGACAACACCAAGGAAGUGACUCUGAUCAAGAAUGAGAAUGGGCUGGGCUUCAGCUUCCUAAUGUGCGAGCUGGACCCACCCACCCGAGAUUUUGGGAGCCUCGUCCGGAUAAAGCAGCUCUUCCCGGGUCAGCCUGCUGAGCAGAGCGGCAGAAUCCAGGAGGGAGAUGUCCUGCUGGCCAUCAACGGCCAGUCGCUCAAGGAUCUGUCCUAUCCAAAGGUGCUAAAGCUUUUCAAAACUUCCCCACCUGAAGUCCAGCUGACCCUCUGUCGUCCUCCACCAGGGAUUCUUCCUACAAUUGAUCAGUUCACUGGCUCAUGAGUGACCUCAUUGUUACACAGCCCCGGCAUCGUCUGAAGCAACUGUGUGCUUUAGAACAAAGCAGGAAGUGGCGACGGAGACUGAAGGGAGAACGGCCGAUAAAGCUGUUUUGAUCAGUUGACAGGAACAUUAAGCUGAUCUCAUAAAUGGACUCCAACACUGUAGAAAGAAAUAAAGACGGGAUAGAAGAGCAGAGAGGCUGGAGACAGUGCGGCUAUUUCUGGACAGAAUAUCUGAUGUAUAGCAAACGUUUUGGUGACAUCAAAAAAGAAGAGGACUGAAGCAAACCUCUUGAAAUAACAGGAUAAUUUCAUUCAGAGGGACGUAACCGUCGUCAGGCAUUUCUGUGAUCCACUAACUUCUGCUUCUUUUUGCAAUUUAAGUGAAAUUUUGAGAAAUGCAAACCUUCAUUUUCUCACAAAAACAAAAGCCAUUAAACUGAGUAUGACCUGAAUACGGAUGAUCUGCUCCCAAACACCCAUUUAGUAUAUGAACAAACCGGGCAGCACACACACAAACACACACACUUCCCUGGGUGAGGAGCCAGCAAAGGCCCCUCAUAAAUAAGGGUUCCUGUAUUUUCAGUGAAACCCAGUAGUGCAUCUGGAUCCCAUCAGAGCUUGUGUUCUCUUUGCAAAUGAUCCCAAAUGUUUCUAAUUAUGCCAGUGAAAUCGGCACGAGGAUGUAUGAGCAUGCAUGCGUAUGUUUCUGCGUGCGUGUAAUCGCCCUAGCAGACGUGUACGCCCAUACACUGGCCUCUGUUUAUUCAUGAACUGAGUAACGGAGAUGGACAGCGUGGUGUUGACCUCUGCAGCCUCUGCUAAGGUCACUGCUCGUGGUGAUGAUGGAUCAGUGAAAGACGGGCUGGAGAAGGAUUUGUGCGGCCUUUCAGAUGUUUUCUAACCCUUGUGUUGUGGUGUACUAAUAAUAAA